AAAUCCCCAAUCUUGUAAUCCUAUGGAAUCUACACAUACGUCUAGGCGUGUACUCGAUGAUCUGAGCUCUUUAUACGCUCAUUCCCGCAGCAGCUAUAGGGACUAAAAGUGCUGCACUAUGCAAGGCAUGCACCCAGCUCCAAAGCGGUAGUGCGGCUAAAGAAAAAAGUCACACCAAAAGUCACGUGCCACGAUUUGCAACCGGACCAGACUGGGCAAGUUCGGCAAAGUCAAUCAAACCUCCGUUAAAGAUCUCGCUCUCUGAUCUUUAAAAGAGACCUCACAACGCAUCUCAAAAUGGCCACGCGAAGCGCAGCUCUCAAGCUCGACUGGGUCAAGGUCUCCUCGUCCCUGGGCCUCCGCGGCCAGACCGUCGCCUCCCUCCAGGCUUUCAAGAAGCGCAACGAGGAUGCCCGCCGCAAGGUCCAGCAGCUGACCGAGCAGCCCACCACCGUCGACUUCGCCCAGUACCGCUCCAUCCUGAAGAACCAGGCCGUCGUUGACGAGAUCGAGAAGCGCUUCAAGGCUUUCCAGCCCACCACCUACGAUGUCAGCCGCCAGAUCAAGGCCAUUGAUGCCUUCGAGGUCGAGGCCGUCAAGAACGCCGAGGCCACCAAGCAGGCCGUGGAUCUGGAGCUGAAGGAUCUUGCUGCUACCCUUAAGAACAUUGAGGAGGCUAGACCAUUCGAGGAGCUUACCGUCGACGAGGUUGCCGCCGCUGAGAAGUCCAUCGACGAGAAGACCGCCGAGCUGGUGUCCAAGGGCAGAUGGAUGGUGCCUGGCUACAAGGAGAAGUUUGGCGAUCUUGCCAUGGUCUAAGAAACUCAUUUUUACCCUAUUUCGACUUCCCUUUGUGUACUCUAGCAUUGUAGAUACAAGAACUUGGGGCAGGGGCGUCCAGUUUCUGCUAAUUGUCCAUUUCCUGCGUCCCUUUAUGUACCUGUGCACGAGAAGAGGGGAAACAAGAAGAUAUAAAAAUAAACAUCGAGGCGGCGAAAGAUUCAAAACGGUGGAGGAGCUUCGCAUGAGUGUAUGAGUGAGAUAGGUUAUAAUAAUGAAAUUUCUAACAGCCAAUAUGAUAGGAUGAUAUGUAGCCCAGUGACCCUAUCUUGUCUGCGAGGUCAUUUAAAAUACUAAAAUAACCUACACUAGGGAACCGCUGCCAG